AUCUGGCUGACUGUGCGAUGAUCCAUAAUAAUAAUAAUACAGUUGGAAGGGACCUGGGAGGUCAUCUAGUCCAACCCCCUGCUCAGGCAGGAAACCCUAAACCAUUUCAGACAAAAUCUGAGCCUGAAGAAUUUCAGAUUCCACUCCAGCCUAUCCAUUGCCCUUUGUCUGCACACAGCUCAGUGUGCAGAUGUGACAUCACAAUGGCUGGGUGUCCAGAGAGGCUGGGCGCUGGGUCUUCCUGGGGGCAGAGCUUCUCAGCCUCCAGGCAUGGCAGGGGGGCACCAGAAGACUCUGGAGGAGCAGCCUCAGGGAGCGGAGGGGCAGGAGGCAACUCUGGCAUCGCGCUGGCCCAGGCUGAUGGGUCCAGGCUAGAGUGACAUUUCCCCCCCCCCCUUGACGUUUUUUAUAGCUCCAGGCUCAUUGCUGCACUUCAGAGGUAAGAAAACCCGCACCCAGAGUCUUUAGCAUCAGAAGGGCUGUCAUCUCCCUGUCCGUUUCCAACCUACAAACCCAAAAUUCCCAGCCAGCAUGCCAAGUUCAGGAUGCAAAAUAAAUAAAUAAACAAACAAAUAAAUAUUUAUUACCUGUAGUGCUUUCUCUCCACGAAGCCCGAGCAGGGAAUAAGAAAAUCAUAAACAGCAUUUGGAAUCAAACCAGCGCAAUAAGCCCUAAAUAAAUGAAUAGCCAACUUAAAGCAGAGAGACAGGGAAAGAAGGAAUAGGGAUGAGCACUCAGUCAAUCAUGGUCACUUCUGAAAAAACUAAGUUUAGUUACAGUUAAUAAGGAGAUAAUAAAACAGCAUUUGGAAUCAAAUUUGCACAAGAAACCCUCCGUUCGAAUAAAUAAAUUAGCUUAGUCCAUAGCCAACUGAAAGCAGAGAGACACGCAAAGAAGGAAUAUGACUGAGUACCCAGGCAAUCAUGGCUAAUUGAAAAGCUAAGUUUAGUUAUAGAUAGUCCUUGAGUUAUGACUACAGGAAAAUGGUCAGCAAGGAAGACCUACGAGGCAGGACCUCCACCGUCCACUACACACCAUCCUGGAGAAGUAUUAAAAGCUCACGAUGAGUACUAGUCAGAAAAGAGGACAGGUCACCAAGCUUAAACCAAGACCUCUUGGCCUGAAAGAAGGAUUGACCGAGAUGUACCAGGGGGAGCUGCUUUGUGACAUCACUCUCGUGGCUGAAGGACAGAAGUUUCCUUGCCACAGGGCCUUGCUAGCAGCCGUGAGUCCUUAUUUCCGGGACGUCUUCAUCAAAGGUGGGAAAGAGCUGGAAGGGACGGAGGUCCAGCUGCAGGGCGUGUCCCCGUCCAUCAUGCAGAACAUCCUGAAAUACAUCUACACGGAGGAACUCGCACUCACACCCGAGCUGGCGCCCUUACUCUUCACGGGAGCCAGCCAGCUGCAGAUCACCCCCUUGCAGACCGUCUGCUGUGGGUUCCUGGCGACCCAUAUUUCCAUCCAGAACUGCUUUGAGAUGUAUUCCCUAGCUCGACAGCAUCACAGCCAGCCACUCCUUCACGCCGUUCUCCAGCUCCUGAUCAAUAACUUUGACCGGGCCUUUGAAGAGGACAAUUUCUUCCAACUGGACUCCGCUGAUCUGGCCACUGUCAUCUCCUCCGAUGACCUUGAAGUCGCUUCCGAGCUCAGAGUCUACCAGGUCGUGCGGCGGUGGGUGCAGAGCGAACCCAGGAAGCGCAGCUCCUUCCUCGGAGAGCUCUUGUGCCAUGUGCGCUUCCCCCUCUUCGGCCCCGAGGAGCAGGAUGUACUCCAGGCAGAUCUGGAGAGAUGGGGUGACCUCGAUCUAGAACAGAAAGUCAUGGACGGCCCGGAACGGUUGCAACAAAGCCGUGCACUGCGGCAAGGCAUGUACAAGCCACACAUUCUGUGCAUCGACACCCAGAUAUGUGAGUAUCAACCGCUGGAGAGCGAAGAGACCCACAUGAACUGCUACGAGCCGCAGGCCGAAACCUGGGAGAAACUUCCCGGCUUGAAGGCCUUGACCCACUCUUGUUGUACCUCCAACGGAGACAGGGUCUACCUCUCAGGAGGGGUCCACAAGAACGUGUACUCCACUGCCGUGUUCGAAUUCAACGCCUUCACCAACCAUUGGCUGCAGCUCCCAUCCAUGGUGGUGCCCCGGGUGGCCCAUGGCUUCGUGUUUGACUGCCAAAAACUCUAUGCCAUGGGUGGCUGGUGCAGAUUCCAGAGUUUCUUAAGCCUGGCCGAGAGCCUUGACCUCGCCACGGGGACGUGGACCCCAAUGGCCAAGCUGCCCUUUGCCCUGAGCCACCCGGCCUCUGGCGUGUUACGACAGAAGGUGUAUCUCCUCGGGGGCGCCACGGGGAUCUCAAACCACUGGCUGUUCCAUAAAGGAGUCUUGAUCUAUGAGAUGGCUUCCAACACGUGGACACAGGUCCCUCUGGCCACGGGCUUCUUCGCUGCGGGAGCCGUGGCUGCUGAGAACGGCCUCUACGUCUUCGGAGGAUACACCGAGAAGAAGUUCGAGGACUGGGAAGAGAGGGCACUGGUGCCCGAGAAUCGUCACGGCACCCGUAAGUGCUUCUUCGUCAACGAGGCAGGCAAGGUGAAUUUCAACGUGGCCAUCCCCAAGCUGCGGCGAGCACUGGCCAACGCAGGGGUGGUGCGCUGCGGGAAGCGAAUCUACGUGUUGGGUGGAGAAGAUCUGACCCAGCGGUACAAAGCGAUCUACUCCUGGCAACCAGGUGAAUCCCGCUGGCACCGGGCUGGUGCCGAAAUCCCCGUGCUGCGGGAAGGCAUCAGCAGAUUUGGUUGUGCGACGUUGUUGAGACCCAAGCCUCAUAUUCUCCAGCUCUUCCAAGUGACCUCUGUGGUUGUCACGUCGGCCGUCCCGAAAUCAUAGUUCCCACCACCCUCUUCGGCUUCACGUGUGAACAUCAAGUGGGAAUUGUCAAUAAAUUCUACUGUAAUGACGUACAAUCACGGCUGGCUUCUAUGGGCUUUGGCCUGCUAGCCUAUCAAGGUUACUCAAAGGCUACAAAGACUGAGGACCUCAGAACGCUCAAGGUUUCCCAUGGAGCGACAUUCCGAUGUCUCCAACGCACCAAAUCCUAGCAGGUGUGACAACAUCCCAUUUGGAAGCUGUUGGUGUCUUCACCUGACCUCAAGUUACCAUCGGCUAGAAUUUCAUGGAGUUUGGUGACUCUAAUAUUCAAGUUCCUGUUUUCUCGUUCUUUUCUUUUCAAUAAAUUCAAGGGCCAAUGGAA